GCGCUGGAAGAGACGUCACUUCCGGAGCCAAGCCGCACGAGCUGUUCUGAGUGAAGGAGGAUUUUCGAGCCGUACAACAUGUCCUCCCUGCUGAAAGUGGAUCACGAGCUGAAAAUGAAGGUUGAUUGCUUCCGAGAGAGAAUCACAAAUGAGGCAGAAGACCUCGUUGCCAGUUUUUUCCCAAACAAAUUGUUAGAACUGGACAGCUUUCUCAAGGAGCCCAUGCUUAAUAUUCAGGACCUCACACAAAUACAUUCUGAAAUGAAUCUGCCAGUACCAGAUCCCAUUCUACUGACGAACAGCCACGACAGAUUGGAUGGUCCAAACCUUAAGAAGCGGAAACUAGAAGAUGAUGAUCACUGUACAGGCACCAAAGUUUUUGUGAUGCCCAAUGGAAUGUUAAAGAGUAAUGCACCUCUAGUUGAGAUUAUAGAAAAAGUGAAGCCAGAGAUCAGGUUACUGAUUGAGAAAUGCAAUACGGUAAAAAUGUGGGUUCAGCUUCUUAUUCCAAGGAUAGAAGAUGGUAACAAUUUUGGAGUGUCUAUCCAGGAAGAGACUGUGGCUGAGUUACGGACAGUGGAGAGUGAAGCAGCAUCUUAUCUUGAUCAGAUUUCCAGAUAUUAUAUCACUCGAGCAAAACUUGUUUCUAAAAUAGCAAAAUAUCCUCAUGUGGAAGAUUAUCGACGUACUGUGACAGAAAUAGAUGAAAAGGAGUAUAUCAGCUUACGCCUAAUCAUAUCUGAGCUGAGAAACCAAUAUGUGACAUUACAUGACAUGAUCUUCAAGAAUAUUGAAAAAAUCAAGAGGCCCAGGAACAGUAAUGCUGAAACACUCUACUAACCAUCAUGUCCACAGAAAUCUUCCUCCCAAACCUUAGUUAUUUUCUUUUAAUUUUCUUCUUCUUCCUUUGAACUUAAAAGGAACAUAGGCCAUCAUUGCCUUGUGUGAACAUGAGAAAUUCUCUCCACCGUGAAGGGAUUGAAACUGUUCUGGAGAUAAAUAUGCUGGCUUUUAGGUUUAAACCAAUAUUUCCCCCUCAGUCUGGAUUCAAAAGUGUAAUGUAUAAUGAAAGCCUUAGUCUGUAACGAAGUACUAUCACAACCUUUCACACCUGGAGCACUGUAAUACCGGACAGCUACAAUGUGUUGUAAUGCCCCUAUAGUACUGUGGCAACAUUAUAACAGGUCAAUCAUUCUGGCCUUGUAGUUGUAUAAAAGGUUAUUUUAAAAUAGAGUUGACCUUCCAUUACUGCAAUAGAACUACAGAAGGCUUAUAUGUUUUUGCUGGUAAAAAUGCUAAAGCUUAUGAUGUGAA